CGAAUGGAUCAGCCCGAAUGGUAUUAUCUCGGCGCCGCCGCACUGGUUCAUAUUCAGGGUGAAUUUGGUAGGGUUGAGUGUUUGGAGCAUUUUGCAGUAAUUUCUGUUUCUCUUGCUGUUUUUAUCUGAAUUAAUUUCGGGUGUCUUUUAUGAAUAAUCAAAAGCAGCAAAAGCCAACGCUAACAGGCCAGCGUUUUAAAACUAGGAAAAGAGAUGAAAAGGAGAGGUUUGACCCUACUCAGUUUCAGGAAAGUAUUGUUCAAGGUCUGAAUCAAACUGGCACCGACUUGGAAGCAGUAGCUAAAUUUCUUGAUGCCUCUGGCGGAAAACUUGACUAUCGUCGCUAUGCAGAGACCCUGUUUGACAUCCUGGUGGCUGGCGGAAUGCUGGCCCCAGGUGGUACUUUGUCCGAUGACCUGACUCGUACAGAGUUCUGUGUUUUCACAGCAUCAGAAGACCUCGAGACCAUGCAAGCAUACGCUCAGGUUUUUAAUAAGCUAAUCAGGCGCUACAAGUACCUGGAGAAAGGGUUUGAAGAGGAAAUCAAGAAGUUGCUGCUGUUUUUAAAGGGUUUCACAGAAUCUGAGCGCAACAAGCUGGCCAUGCUGACUGGCAUUUUACUGGGGAAUGGGACCUUGUCUGCCUCAAUUGUGAUCAGUCUCUACAAUGAGAACCU